GUCCCUGGUGGGGUCUACCACUACCCCCCAAUGGGCGGUCCUUGCGGCUUAGCAGCAGGUCGAAGAUACUUAUGUCGCUAUCCAUGGCAGUCGUGAGUCUUUUCUCUGACCUCUUCUUUUCAAGCAGCCGCGCGAUCCCUGCUGACGGUGGUAUUUCACUCAGAUUCUUACCCCCCAGAGUCAUCUAUCGGCCAUGAUCCCCAUUCAUACCGGGUGGCUGAUGGUAGCCAUUCUGUGCGCUGUAUUCGUACUGCGAUGCGUCUGGGUCGUUAUAUACCGUCUGUUCUUCCACCCUCUAGCCAAUAUACCGGGACCACGUCUUGCGCGUGCUACACACCUGUAUGCCUUUUGGUACAACAUCAAUGGCGGUUUAUUUUAUCUCCAGGUUCAGAAGCUGCACGCUCGUUAUGGUCCCGUUGUCCGUAUCACUCCCUCCGAGAUUCACCUGAGCGAUCCCAAGAAUUGCGAGAAGAUCCACUUCAUAGGAACGCGUUAUGGCAAGGACCCUGACUUUUACGGAGCCUUCGGCACCAAAACAGCAACAUUUACCGCAUCGAGUCCCGAUGUACACCGAGUGAAGCGAUCCGCCCUCAAUCCCUUCUUUUCACGCAAAAGGGUGCUCGAGCUGGAGGACAUCGUGCAGGGGAAGGCAAAUAAACUGAUUGAGCGUAUGCGGGAAGCCUUCAAGUCGACAGGAUACAUUGACCUGCACUAUGGCUUCCGGGCCUUGUCUGUGGAUGUGAUUACUGAUUACGCCUUUGACAAUUGCUAUGGUUUUUUGGAUGAGCAGGACUUUGGCGUCGCCUUCUUCGAAAUGAUUAGAGGUUUUGGCCCGGCCUUUUGGUUCUUCCAGCAGUUCCCAGCAAUCCAGGAUGUUGCAUUAAAAAUGCCGUUUUGGUUAGCCAAGCUAACAAAUAGCGCUUUGAUCAGAAUGAUGUUGCAUCACGAUGGCUCUCGUCGCCAGAUUGCCCAGGUUAAGGAUGCUGUUGAUCACGGAGAGAAAGGGACUCGCGCAACUAUAUUUCAUACGCUUCUUCACCCACAGGCUACUGAGGGCCAUGUGGUACCCACUGUGGAGGAGCUCAAGGAUGAGGCCUACAUUAUGUUGGCCGCGGCGGCGGAUACGACUGGGAAUGCAUUGACAAUUGCUACCUAUAAUGUAGUCCGCAAUCCGGAGAUCUAUACACAAUUAACGGACGAGCUGAAGCAGGCGUUCCCUGAACCUGACGGUACAAUGGACUUUGUGACCUUGGAGAAAUUACCGCAUCUGACCGCCAUUAUCAAAGAAUCUCUCCGGCUGUCGUAUGGAGUACCUGGUAGGCUUCCCCGGGUCGUACCUGGCCCUGGCGCAGAAUUUAAUGGCCACCAAGUUCCUGCCGGGACUGUUGUUAGCAUGAGUUCGUGGACAAUGCACCAUGAUAAGAACCUCUUUCCCCACCCCGAAAAGUUCGAUCCAAGUCGGUGGAUCGAUCCAGCCGAAAGUAAGACCUUGGAGAAGUACCUAUUUUCAUUUGGUAAGGGCUCUAGACAGUGUAUAGGAAUGCCGCUUGCGUACUGUGAGUUAUAUGUGACCCUUGGGCGGGUAUUUCGGCAAUACGACGACUUGACGACGCUUCCGAAGAGCAAACAGGAGUUGCUGUACCAUGAUUACUUCUCAUCAUAUCAUACUGAGGGGAACAAAAGUUUCAUCUUUAGACGGAGCGGUUGAUUGCUUCUUCCCACAUCCUUUGAUGUCCUGGCCUACGGAGAACCUCCCACACCACCCCACCCGGAGCUCCAUAGUAAAGACUUUGACAAAUUGUAUGAUAUACAAAUGAG